GCAGGCGGCCGCCGCCAGGAUGUCCAGGACCGCCGGCCGCUCCGCCGCCGGCCGCCCUCGCGGCCCCCGUUGGCCCGCGCUCGGCCAGGGGGCGCGGGAGCCGCAGCCUGAGCCAGAGGCGGGAGCAGCGAACUGGAGCCUCGGGCGCCCGAAUGCAGGAUGCUCGUGGUCCCUGGUGUCCCUGGGCCGCCACAUGUGAGGACUGCUGCGCUAAGCUGAGGCCCAGCUUGAGGAGGAUGUCCCAGCCGCCGGCCAGCUCCCGUCUGCACCAUGAGUGAUGAGAGGCGGCUGCCUGGCAGUGCGGUGGGCUGGCUGGCGUGCGGAGGCCUCUCUCUGCUGGCCAAUGCCUGGGGCAUCCUCAGCGUGGGGGCCAAGCAGAAGAAGUGGAAGCCCCUAGAGUUCCUGCUGUGCACGCUGGCGGCUACCCACAUGCUCAACGUGGCCGUGCCCAUCGCCACCUACUCCGUGGUGCAGCUGCGGCGCCAGCGCCCCGACUACGAGUGGAACGAGGGCCUCUGCAAGGUCUUCGUGUCCACCUUCUACACCCUCACCCUGGCCACCUGCUUCUCCGUCACCUCCCUCUCCUACCACCGCAUGUGGAUGGUCCGCUGGCCUGUCAACUACCGGCUGAGCAACGCCAAGAAGCAGGCAGUCCACACAGUCAUGGGCAUCUGGAUGGUGUCCUUUAUCCUGUCGGCCCUUCCUGCCGUCGGCUGGCAUGACACGAGUGAACGCUUCUACACCCAUGGCUGCCGCUUCAUCGUGGCUGAGAUCGGCCUGGGCUUCGGCGUCUGCUUCCUGCUGCUGGUGGGCGGCAGUGUGGCCAUGGGUGCGGUCUGCACGGCCAUUGCCCUCUUCCAGACACUGGCGGUGCAGGCGGGGCGCCGGGCGGACCGCCGCGCCUUCACUGUGCCCACUAUUGUGGUGGAGGAUGCGGAGGGCAAGCGCCGCUCCUCCAUUGAUGGCUCCGAGCCUGCCAGGACCUCGCUGCAGAUCACUGGCCUGGUGGCCACCAUCGUGGUCAUCUACGACUGCCUCAUGGGCUUCCCCGUGCUGGUGGUGAGCUUCAGCAGCCUACGGGCAGACGCCUCGGCGCCCUGGAUGGCACUGUGUGUGCUAUGGUGCUCGGUGACCCAGGCCCUGCUGCUGCCCGUCUUCCUCUGGGCUUGUGACCGCUACCGUGCUGAUCUCAAGGCUGUCUGGGAGAAGUGUAUGGCCCUCAUGGCCAACGAUGAGGAGUCGGAUGAUGAUACCAGCCUGGAAGGUGGCGUCCCCCCAGACCUAGUGCUGGAGCGCUCCCUGGAUUACAACUAUGGGGGCGACUUUGUGGCCCUGGACAGGAUGGCCAAGUAUGAGCUCUCUGCCCUGGAGGAGGGGGGCCUGCCCCAGUUCUACCCUCUGCGGCCCUUGCAGGAGGACAAGAUGCAGUACCUGCAGGUCCCGCCUACGCGACGCUUCUCUCAUGACGACGCAGACGUGUGGGCCGCCGUCCCGCUGCCCACGUUCCUGCCACGCUGGGGCUCCGGCGAGGACCUGGCCGCCCUGGUGAUGCCAGGCAGGCCCGACCGGCGUCGCGGCAGCCUGCUGGCCUUCGCAGAGGACGCGCCCCCCUUCCGCCCGCGACGUCGCUCGGCCGACAGCCUGCUGUCUCUGAGGCCCCCGGCCCUGGAUGACGGCCCGCGUCGCGCCCCCGGCUCGCCCCUCAGCAGCCCGCGCCGCCGCCCCGGGCCCGGCGUCCGCUGCGCCUCGGCCUCGCUGCUGCCCGACGCCUUCGCGCUGACCGCCUUCGAGCGGGAGCCGCAGGCCCUACGACGCCCGCCCGGCCCGCCAGGGUCCUUCCCCGCCUGCGCCCCUGCCCCCGACCGCACCCAGCCCGGUGGGGACGUGGCGCCCCCUGGCGGCGGCGCGCAGAGGCGCCCCGGGCCGCUCCCGGAUGCACACACGCAUUCCGGAACCCUGCGGACUGGCCUGAGCACGUCGUGGGGCGAGCCCGGCGGUCUGCACGCGGCGGGCGCGGGCAGCACCAGCAGCUUCUUGAGCUCGCCCUCGGAGUCGUCGGGCUACGUCACACUGCACUCAGACUCGCUGGGUUCCGCGUCCUAGGACCCGCUGGCGCCUUGCCAAGUCACCAGGCGGGCCGGGCCGCCUACGGGGCCAAAGCACCAAAGAUACCACCCUAGCCCGGGCUGGGCUUGGACAAGCUUCCCGGACAUCUGCCAACCUUGACGGGGCGACCAUUGCCUGGAGGGAUGACGCCUGCCCUGGACAACCACCCUGGGUACGGACCAGCCUCUGGGCAGGACACCUCCGGGGCAGAGUAAGGCUGGGGCCUGGGAAAAGGCGGGCUCCACACGGAAGCGACUGGGCUAGGGUGACGGUGGUGGUGGGUUGCCCAGAGAGGACACCACCAGACAGAACAAAGGUCAGCCGCACAGGAGCCACCGGACUCCAUCCGGCCUUCCACUCUGCACUGUAAUUGUCUCACCUCAGGGGUGGGGUACAGAGGGUCUCUAAGCACAGGGGUCUUCGGAGCCCAAACCAAGUUCUCUGAGCAGGUCUUCCUGCUGACCUGUUCUGCCUCGCUUUCCCCAUCUGUGAUGAGCAGGUGACCAUGUUAACUCUCAGGACUGUUUGGACAGGUCUCCUGGUCUGUGUGCCCUGGCCACGGAGUGGACAGGGAGGGAAAGUAGCAUAGGAUCCUCCUAGGGUCCUCUGUGGGGGUCAGUCUUCAGUGGCCUAGUGUGGCCCCCAAGCCUGAGGCCUCCCACGCUUAGUGUCCCUGGCCCCUUGGGCAUUCUCCCCAGCCAAGCUCAAGCGCAACACUUGCACCAUCACCAGUGGUACCACACUCACUUUGACCCCUAUUCACAUCCCUUCCCUCAUCACUCUGCCUUCAUUGUCUGUGCCCACCACAUUAGCCACCUCUGGGACCCCCACCAUGAAGGUUGUGGGGUACGUGGUGGAGAGAACUGAAGCAAAGCAGGAGUGGGCUUCCUUAUCCCGGUGCCCAUCCCCAACCCAUGCAUGUCUGGCCAGAAAGGGAUCUUGGCUUAGAGUCCUCCCAGGUUCUGGGUGUAAGGUCUAGUCCAUGGUGAGUCUUCCUCCACCCUGAGUCAGGACUCUCUUGCUGUCCAUGCUAGGCACACCUCUUGCAGACCUGGGCUUGUCCAUGGACCCUCAGGGAGUGUCUGCUGGGUUUUGCAUGGAGGAAGACCCUAGGCUCAGGCUAAGAAGAGGCCCAGGAAUACCCGUAGACCUUGGGUUGUAGGGGCUGGGGUGUAUGCAAAGGCAGUCCCAUCCCAUCUCCUGCCUCCAUGCAGUGACCCCUACCUGUGAAGGUCUGGAGUGGGUUCCAGGGGCCUGUGAGGAGCUGGCCUACGCCCUCUUCCCUCCUGCUCUGCAAUCUGGAAUUGCAGCACUGCCUCUGCCCCUCUGGGGGCCGAUCCGGCUUCCUCACCCUUCAGACAGUGUCCCAGCUCCAGAGAGGCCUGGAGAGGACUACAUAGCUCUGUCUCAGCUUCAGAGGCCCCUUCAGUCUCUGGCUGUGGGGUAACUUGGGGGGAGGAGCUGUCCACAGGUGAGUAAAUCAGAAUGUUCCAGUCAAGCCUCAGCCAUGGGACGCCUGCCUCGCCAACGCUGCUGUGCCUUUAAGGAUCGACAUGUCAUGUGGGGGCAGAGGUCACCAGUUAACCGCUGUCCUCCCCAACCCCCCAUCAGGCUGGCUGAUUUGUCCACCUUGAGUUUUCACUCUGUGUAUUUCAUAUCCAAUGGCAAUACUUGCAGGGAGGCAUGGUCCCCUCAAGUCCCUCCAGGCCUAGAUUUUACAAAAUUAAAGAGGAGGGAGAAUCCCAAGUGGAGGCCCCCAGGGCCUGGGGCUCCCCUCUCUCACUUUGUUUAGUUUCCAGGCCUGUUUGCUGCCUUGAUGAGCAGCUUGACCCUGGGUUCACCGGGGAGGGAGUUCUGUCUUCAUACCACCGCCCAGCCCAGAGCCAGGGAUCCGUUUGUAGUUUUUUCACAACUGAGCAUUUCUCUUCUGUACAGACUCCAAUAAAAACUUCCUAUAUAAUUUGCA